UCUUGACCCUUCAGAUUAUUUUCCGCAGUGGGUUCUUCACAGCACCUGCUCAUCUCUCACCUUCUCUUGAAGCUUGGCCUUUUGUUUCCUGUUCCGGGAAUAUCGCACGCUUGAACGGUGUUUGUUGAACGGCUACCGAAGAGCCGUUGUUCGACUUCCGACCUCAUCAGAUUGCCUGCAUUCCGGCACAUCUUUCAACAUUUUUCACCCUACGAAACCCCCGGUCCUAGCGCUUAAACCAACAGUCAUCACGGGGACCUAUACAGAUCACCGAAGGUGGAUGGAGACGUAUCACGGGCACGUCCGCACUCCUGCGGACGCUAUCAUCCUCUUCGAAGCUUGUCGCAUUGGCCUUCUUCCCCGCGUACAGAGACGUUUAUCCGAGAAGGAACGUCAAUUAAUUCGUUCCGGGUCAGUCUUUGUCUGGGAUGAACGCGAAGCGGGCAUGCGAAGAUGGACCGAUGGCAAGUCAUGGAGUGCCAGUCGCGUAUCGGGAAGCUUCUUAACAUAUCGCGAGAUGGAAGGCAAACGGGGAGGAACCGGUGUUGCUCAGACGACGAUGUCGAGAGCUGGUAAAACACCAGAAAGCACACGAGGCAGUGACGACGACCGUGGAGAUGGCGCAGACGAAGGGCCGGACGGCUACCGCUACAAGCCUGAUGGUUUGAUGAAACAGUCCUUCAGCAUUACGACAUCUACCGGUCAGCACCUCCAUCUGAUCAGCUACUACUCGAGGUCACAUCCGUCUGCGGCCAACCUUCAACAACCGUCGACAGACCCCAAUUUGCGACAUGUGCGUCCUCAAAAGGGGCUUUAUCCGGAGUCUACUGUAAACGAUCAACAGAAUCUUCCCGUUGUGACCCGUGGUCCUAUGGCCGGUGCCGCAUAUGUGCCUCCUCAUCCUAUGGCACCCUAUGGGCGCUCUCCGGCUGCACACCCGGCGCCAUACACUCCUUCAUAUACAUGGCCUCCGACUCCGCUGGCUACUCCGCCUGUUCCCGUCCACUAUCCAUCUUACCUUCCGUCAGUGUCCCAGCCCAAUGGUCAAAUACCAUAUGGCCAUCAGGCUGCCGUGCCACCUGGUACGCCCUUGCCGCCUCCGCAACCACCGGGAUUGCCGGCAUACCACGAGCGGCCGGUGCAUGUAGCUGAAGUUACGAUGGCGCCAUCUCUCCAUCAACCGUCGAGCGUGCAGGUGCUUGCAAGCCGGUCACCACGAGUGCCGCCCGGAGCGCACGAGCUUCUUCACCACCGCCCGAGUCCACCGGAGCUUGGCCCACCUCGCGAGAUUGCGAGAUCGUCACCCCGCACACAGCCACAUCAUAUGCCGCACAGCAACGGCAUCCCAUCGAUUGCGCGCAGUCCCCAGCUUAUCAGUCAGCCACCGUCCAGUAGCGUACAAAUUCCUCCGCCGAGCACGAUGGCGCCCAAGCCACUGGAAGCCAGCACCGGCACCACCGUGCCCAGCAUCGGUGCGCUGAUGAACGGCACGCCUUCUGGUGGAUUGCCGUCGAUCGCCGCUCCCCCAGCCCCGGCCGCAGGACGCGCCGAGGGACCCCGAGACAUUCCCAGCGAAAAGAUCGGGUUCGGAGGAGAAGACAUGCGCGCACUGCGGCAAUUGGACCGGGUGUUCACCGCAUAGUCUGUUGGAGGCAUUUUCAGUUCUAUUUGACGAAGUUAGAUCCUCAUGCUGUCGAUCUCUUCUUUUAUUCUCUUUUUUUUUUCUCUGUUGUAUACGAAUUAGCAUAUUGCCUUGGUUUGAUACUGUUCAGAUUGGAAUGGUCACGUUUACG